GGUGUGUGAGUGGAUGGAAUAGAUGGGUGGAUAUAAGCUAUGGCAAGCAGACAGACACGCAGGGAUGACCUCCCAAAUAUGCAUGGAGUGAGACUAUUGUUGCUCUCCUUCCUUUGGGAAUCCCUUUGGGGUUCCACUUCCUGUCUCAGGGACCUGGUGAUCUCCAUUAACUUUCCCCCGCUGCCCCCCUUUUCCUUCCUGCAGCACGAGAAGAGUCCAUCCCCAGUGAUCAGCCGCACGCGGGGGGGGGACAGCACAAGCUCCAGUGAGCGCCCCGAUGCCGAAGCAGCAAGCCCCACCACCCGGAGCCGGCCCGUGACCCGCAGCAUGGGGCAAGGCGAAGUCUGCGGCCUGGGCACGGAAGUGCCGUCCAGCCCGCACCGGAAAGCCAAGCGGCCACGUUUGUGCUCCUCCAGCAGUUCGGAUUCAUCUGCCAGGGCUUUUUUUGACCCCCUGGCCCAGCACCGUGACUGGUGUCCUUGGGUCAACGAGGUGAAGGAGGCAGUGGCCCUGGGGGCUGGAGGGGACCGCCUGGAGGGGAAGGCAGACCUUGGCUGGCAGGCGGUCCUGAAGGUUCUCCAGGCUUCCAGGCAGUCGGAAACACCAGCCCAUCUGGAGUCCGAGAAUCUCUCGACAAAAUCCCGCAAAGUGUUCCAGAUUUUCCGGCAGUGGGAAGCAGCCUGUUCCUCCUGAAGACCUGGGCCUUCAGACAGCAUCAGGACGCCGCAGAACUUUUCCCUUUCUGUUAGCAGAAGGGGCAGAGAGUCGGAGAGGUGCCCAGGGAAAAACAUACUUACCGUCUAGCCAAGCUGCCGUGGCAAGACUUGCCUUCCACCCACAUUCAUAGUCAGACGCAUGGGCAAUGCCAGUAUCACACGGAAGAUGUCUGCACUGCCAGCACUGAAAAAUACUUCCUUCUCCUUUGGGGAUGUGCAGGGAUAGGUCAGCGUUUCUGGAACCAUCGCACUGGUGCCCAGUCGCCUGGAGAAACAAGCCCCAGAACAUUGAGAAACCCCUUGUUUACCCUGAGCUGGACCCGUUCUGCAACAAGACGGGCAAGGGCAACUUCCCACGUGGCAUCCUUUGUUCAUCCUUGCCACAGAGUUGCAUUUGGUUUUGCUUACUUCCUCCUGCCCCUCCACAAGGAAGUCUGGGGCCUGUGGAAUUGGGGAGGGCUUUGGGGACCCGAUCAGACAUUCUCAGCACCAGCACCAAUCCCAGUCCUGGCAUUCCACCGGGGCCAGACGGCCCUGUUACGUACAUCGAAUGGAAACGUUUGCGAUGACCACGCAGGACUCAUUUUGAACCAAAACCUGGCCCGCUUGCACCACCUUGGGGGAACUGGGAUGAUAAUAAAACACUUGUUUUUUGGCUUCUUAUUUCUACAUGCACACACCAAAAAAAAAAAGACUGCA